AUGGUGUAUCCAAGCUCGCCUGAGGCCAAAAUGCGAUCUCGCGCCAUUGAUCGCACCCUUGAAGAGGACGCGAGACGGUUGUGGAGGAGGGACUGCACUGUUUUGUUGCUUGGAUCCGAGUCCAAGUCUGAACUAAUGACGCAAAUGAAAAUAUUAUACCAGACAGAUUUCUCGGUUGCGGAGCUAUUAGACUACCGAGUUGCCAUUUUGAGGAAUGUCGUCCACAGCGCAAAGGUUGUAGUCGGCGCCAUGAAACAAUUCGGCAUCGUUCCAGCAAUUCCGGCCAAUCGGAAAUACGUUGACUUCAUCGCUGAGUACACACUCGAUCCCGAUCCCGAACUGCCACUGGGCCAAGAAUUUGGUGAUGCACUGAGCGCUAUCUGGUCUGAUGCAUGCAUUGGGUCACUCAUGGAACGGCAGGCUGAGUUCUACCUCAUGGACUCAGCAAUAUAUUUUUUCGAAGGAAUACGCCGAAUUUCGUCUGCAGACUAUCUCCCGAAUGAAACGGAUUUACUACGGGCGGGGAUAAAGACAAGUGGUAUAUCUGAAACUCGAUUCCGAAUGGGUAGCCUCUCCAUAAAGAUGGUUGAUGUCAACGGCCAAAGAAGCGAAAUGAAAAAGUGGAUCCACGCAUUCGAGAACGUACCCGUCAUUCUCUUUGUCGUGGACAUGGAUGAGUACGAUGAGGUUUCCUUGGAAAAACCGUAUCGAAAUAAGAUGAUGGAAUCCAUAGUCCUAUUCGACUCAAUUGUCAACUCCCGAUGGUUUAUGAGAUCGUCGGUUUUCUUGCUCCUAAACAAGUUGGACAGCUUCAGGCGGAAGCUACGAAUGGCUCCCCUUGCAAACUACUUCCCCGACUACAGUGGAGGUAGCGACGUCAACAAGGCGGAAGAGUUCAUUCUGUGGCGCUUCACCAAACUUAAUCGAGCUAACCUUACCAUAUAUCCACACCUUAUUGAAACCACAGAUAAGUUCAACAUUCGGCUGGUCUUUAACUCUAUUGAAGAGGUAUUUAUUAAAAGAGAUCUAGAAAAAAGGGGGUUUAUAGCCUAG